CACACACACGGACAGACCGACAGACAGAUGGACAAACCGUGUCUCCUGCUGGAGCUCAAGGACUGAAGGACACCGUAAAGCGCAGCUGCUAAGCGGCUUUAAUCGGUUAAUUUGGCCCCGGUGGCCUUUUAGCAGCGCAGGCAGGUAAACACACACCGGAGCUGAGAACACCCACAGCCCGACUCACUCACCGCUGUCCGACCGGGGGAACCCUCCAGAUGGUCUUUACUCCACAGCACGGGACUCUAACGGAGGAGGUUUAUCAGCAGCUCUCUGACGGUCUGAGGAUUUCAGUGCGUCCUGGAUCAAACUUCGUCUGAGUUGUUUUUUUUCACGGGACAAAAUGUUUCUUUUCAGGAAGAGACGCGGAACUUUAUCAGCAUCUGUUUGAUCGUUAUGUUUUAAUAUGUGUUUUACUCUGUGAAUAAGAUCAAACUGACAAACCUUCCUUUGUGCUUUACGCGGAGUUUUUACGCAGCGGAGCGCUCUGGAGCGGCACGGCAAAGAGUCUGAGUCUGACACCAUGAUGAGACCACGGUGCGGGGACCUGAGUCCGACCCGGCCUUCAUGAGAUCCCGGUGGCCGCGCUGCUGUGGCUCGGACCGGGACGGAGCGCAGGAGCCGCGGCGGAGAUGGCGGCCAAUCUGAGCGUGGCGGCGGAGGCGGUGGACGCGGCAGCGGCGGCGGCUGCGGUCACGGACGCGGCAGCAGCGGCACCGGAGGCAGCGGCACCGGCAGGACACAACCUGCCCGCCCUGGUGUUCGGGGUGCUGCUGAUCGUGGUGAUCAUCUGCGGGAACCUGCUGGUGUGUCUGAGCGUGUUCACCGAGAAGGCGCUGAAGACCACCACCAACUACUUCAUCGUCAGUCUCGCGGUGGCGGAUCUGAUGCUCGCGGUGCUCGUGCUGCCGCUCUUCGUCUACUCAGAGUUCCAAGAUGGCAUAUGGACCCUCAGCACCACCAUCUGUGACAGUCUGAUGACCAUGGACGUGAUGCUGUGCACCGCCUCCAUCUUCAACCUCUGCGCCAUCAGCAUCGACAGGUUCAUCGCUGUGUCGAUCCCUCUCAACUAUAACAGGAAGCACGUGGACCUGCGGCAGGUGGUGCUCCUGUCGGCCACCUGGAUCCUGGCCCUGGCCGUGGCCUCGCCCAUCAUGUUCGGCAUCAACAACGUGCCUGGUCGUGACCCCACCGAGUGCAAACUGGAGAGCACCGACUACGUCCUCUACUCGUCCGUGUGCUCCUUCUUCAUCCCCUGUCCCAUCAUGCUCCUGCUGUACUGCGGCAUGUUCCGCGGCCUGCGGCGCUGGGAGGAGGCGCGCAAGGCCAAGCUGCGGAACAGCAUCCAGGCCUGUCGGAAGCUGCAGGAGGCCGCCGCCUCGCUGCCGCCGCUGGCCUCGCUGCCGCCGCCGCUGCCGCCCAUCAUAGAGCGGGAACUAACGGACAACCCGGACGAACCGUCCACCUACCCGUCCACGGACCGGCCCUUCCACUCGGAGUACAAAGACGGCCCCGUGCCGACGGUGAGCUUCGCAGAGAUCAAGUUCAACCCGGACCCCCACAGGAGGAAGAGGGCGAAGAUCAACAGCCGGGAGAGGAAGGCCAUGAAGGUGCUUCCUGUCGUCGUGGGUGCCUUCCUGUUCUGCUGGACUCCCUUCUUCGUCCUCCAUACGAUGCGAGCUCGCUGUCAGGACUGCCAUGUCCCACCGGCCCUGAUGAGCAUCGUGACGUGGCUCGGCUAUGUCAACAGCGCCCUGAACCCCGUCAUCUACACUGUCUUCAACACAGAGUUCAGGAACUUCUUCAAAAAGUUUCUCCACCGCUGCUGCUCCUAGAGACUGCACUGCCGCCGCCACCACCUCCGCUGCUGCUGCCACUGCCGCCGCACGAACGAUUUUUAAACGCACAACAGCUGCAAGAGAUGCUUCUGACUGUAGAUUUAGUAUCUUUUAGUCUGUGUAUGUCGCCAUCAUUUCCUUCCUCUGUGAGGUUUUUAUUUUUCUACAUGAGACGACAGCAAAGUUUGUUUGAGCUACAUGUUUCCUGUGAAGAAGCUUCAUUUCUGAGGAACAAUCUGUUCAGAGAAUCAGCAACACAUCUACAUCACAUAACCAACAAGAACUGAUUUUAUAUGUGGGAAUUUCAUCCUUUCAGAAUAAAAGGUUUUCACUAAAAUGCAGGUUGUGUGUUUGUGGUGCAGUCACAACCUCGUGGCCUUUUCACCAGGAGAACUCCUGAGUUAGAAGAGGUUAGGAUGGGGUUGACUUUGUUCUCCAAGGUGGGAAUGCUGCAUCAUUAUUUGGCCUUGCUGCUCUGUAUAAAAGGUAUGAAGGCAGGAGGGGAGGGCAUUGUUGUCCCUCCUUUAAGCCAGCAGCAGAGGUAGUUACAGAGUCGAACCCAUGUCUGCGUAAAAGAGAGAACAAGCACUGACAAGAUCCAAGAGUUUUGGAUAGGAUUCCUUAAGAGAUGGACCUUUUUAUUAAAGAGUAAGAUCCUUUCUAUUUGACCUGAAACAUCACUAACCGACUCCACUGAGGAAAAACAGGAAUUUUACAGAGUGAAAGUGGGGAGCUGCCAGAACACAGCUGCUUCCAUCAGUUAGUUUGUUUGUGUUACUGUGUGGUACUUUCACUUAUGUAAAGGAUCUGAAUACUUCCUCUACAACUGAAAGUCACACAAUAACACAAACUAACAGAUCGAGGCAGUGGUAUUCCAGCAGCUCCUGUGUUCUGAGUCUGGUACUAAUUUUACCUCAUAGAAAUCAGGAGUUGCUAAUCUACUUCUGCCUCCAUCAGUUACUUUGUUUGUGCUAUUGUGUGCUAUUUUCACUUGUGUAAAGGAUCUGAAUAUUUCCUCCAAAACCAUAAGUCACACAAUGAGGUCUAGCUUCAAAAAUACCAGAGUUGCUCUUUCAAACUACGUCAGAGCUGCUCAGCAUAUUCCAGAGUGCUCAGGAGUCCCUGCAGGAUCUGGGCCUCCACAAAGUCAUCUGAAGGUCUUUAAAGUUUGAUGACAAAAAGACGUGAAGCUUUAAAAGCUUCACGGCAGAUUUCAUCAGAGUCAAAAGAGCUGAAAGCUCAGAGGACGGACUGACAACAGCAACACGCUGCUGAUGCCUCCGGUGUUUCUUUCAGGAUCAUUUAGGUCCCUCUUCUCCCUGUCUGCACAGAGCUUGUUGUGUUCUGCCUGUAAAAACCAUCCAGCAGCUUCUUUUUGUCAACGUUUCCUACCUUUACAGCUCAGGUGACCCAGCUCUUAAUGUUUGAAAUGUCUGCUCCUGGGAGAGGGGGUAGAAGGUCAGUCCCCUUCACUGUCAGCGAGCAGCAACAGACACCUGAGCGCCGCUGGGACCGAGACACAGCAGAAUCAAAUGUCAUCUCGUCUGAGGUGAUCAUCAGGAGCCGCUCUGAUGGAUCACCUGAGUGCUGACUGUCAGAAAUAUAAAAACAUGUGAAGAAACUGUCUUCAGCCGCUAAACAGCGAAAACUGUUUGAGUAUAAAAACUAAAAACGAGACAGAAAACCUAAGUCUGUGUGGUGGGAAUCCUGCAGGAGGAACAACACUGAGUUUCCCCUCUGAGAUUCCAGUUAGAUAAAAAAUAAAAUACCACCUGAAAUCUGCAUUUCAUUAAUAAAUUAAACAUCUGAGAUGAAUGAAGUUAGAAGUCUCUGCUGAAUCCUGCUGAAGGAAGAACAGACAGCAACAGAAGAAAGAAACAAAACGAUAGAAAACGGUUAAAAAGAUUAAACUGAUUUAUGAUCUUUAAAAAUGUUUUGUUUUAUAUUUAUAAUCCUUUCAAGAUUUAGUUUCUUUCACUGGAGGGAAAGAAUGUAAUUAGAAUUUAAAUUUAAACUAGAUGCGAUUAACUUUAUUCCCAUGUGCAACCUGUAGGGGGCAGCGACACUCAUUAGUAGAUGGUGCUUGCAGUUCAUCGCAAAAACAAAAUUGUAGCAGUUUUUAAAACUUUUAAAACAAAUCUUUAAACUGUCCUGAUAUCAGCUAUUUUCUAAUCAAAAUAAAAUGCAAAUGUCUUUUUUUUUACAUCAAAUCUGUUGGGUGGAAUUUCAUGUUUCAGGACACCGUUUAGCCGUUUUAACGGAGAAACAGUUGGCUGUAUUUUGUCAGGCGUCGUGUCUAAAAACUAAAUUUGCCAGAAUCACAAUAACAGGAAACUACAGAACCACUGAGUCUUGUACAGAAUGGAUAAUAUUUUGCUAAAAAAAAAGCUAGCUAAAGAGUGAAUAAAGAGAGGGAACGAUGUUAGCAAGAACAACGCAGUCAAUCAGAGAAAUAAAACGUUAUUUUCUGAUUGUUUCACAUCGGUUACAAGUACAAACUAGAAAUGCAGUUGUAUGUCUCCGACAACACAUCCAGAUGCAGUUUAGUGUGCGAAAUCUUCAAAAACGUGUUUUGUGCGAUCAUAGUGACCUUUGACCUUAAUUAAACUUAAUCAAAAUCUAAUCAG